CUCUCCUAUCUUCUUUUGUUUAUAGAUUCAUUCCAUCUCACAAAACAAGGAAAAGAAAAAAAAGGAAAAAGGAAAAAGGAAAAUGAAAUUUUUACAUUCCUGAAAGAGAGAGAAACAGAGAAAGUUUAGGACUUUGGGGUCUUCAGUUCCUUAAUUCCCUUAGAUCUCUUGCAUUUUCGAACAGGUUUCGGGGUUUUGAUUUGCACCCAAGUUUGUAUAUUUCUCUGUCGGAAAAUGUGUUUCCUCGGAAAUUUCGUUACUUGAUCAUAAUUUGGAUUCCUCGGAUCGUUGCUCGAAUGUUGUUUUUUUUAUGAGGUGAGUUGAUUCUGACGUGUUGAUGCUUCUGGUUGUUUGAUGAGCUAUAUAUGUUUAAACUAUGGUGUUGAAGAAGAGGGCAGAUUACGGAUUCAACGGCUUUCGUUUCCCAGUUAUACCUCGAGCUCCUAGAUCUGCAAGAAGGAGGGGUCCUUUCAACAAAGCAGCUGAGGAUGGUCAAGCUUGCGCUUUUGAACUACUGGCAUCUUUAGCUGGCAAGUUGUUGCAGGAGAGUGAAAGUUCUGCUUCUAGCAAUGCAUCUGAAGGAAAUAAUCAGGCUGCCUUUAGUCAAGGAGUCAUUGAGCUAGAUAGACAAGAUGGAGUAAAACCAGAGGGAAUUCAUCAAGGAAGUUGUGCUGAGAGUAUUUUUACGCCUGAGGUAGCCUCGCAAAACAGUAGUCAGAAACCUCUUCUGCAUGCCAAGACUGAUUGUUCACUAGGACACAUUUCAGUUAAUAAUAAUUCUGACUGUUGGGAGAAAGUUGAAGCUGGUGUGAAGACUGAGAUUUUUGAAUGGGAAAAUAAAUUUGGGCAUUAUUCUAAAAAAUUAGUAGAAGCACCUGAAAAUUUUAGGGAGUCUUGUGAUGGUAACAUAAAGAAAGGAUUUAGAAGGGAACAGGAGGCUGGCAAUUCAGGCUUUCAGGGAUCAACUUUGGCUGAAAAAUGUGGUUUGAAGGACCAAUUAGAGUUUUAUGAGUCUCCCGCACUAGUUGACUCAAAAAAUAAUGUUAAAUCUCCAUUUCAUAGGAAAUCUUUUCCCAGUGCUUCUUUUUCCAAGCAUGGGAAUGGUAUUAAGUUAGCUUUUAGAGAUGAUGACGAAAACUUUUUGAGGUUUAAAAAGGUUUGUACGAAGUCAAAGGCUUUUAGGUCUCCACGACGCAUUGCACACCGAAGAAUCAGGAAUCACCUGUCUUCCAAAUACUGGAAGGUUGCUCCAAAGUUGAAGGAGUGUGAACUUUCUAGAUCUGAAUUUGCAGAUCUACGAGUACCUCUUUACCGUAAGAGGAAAACUUGUCACAGUUUCGAAAGAUCUCAGUACAACACUAUAGUUAAGAGGAGGAAAUUCUUUAACCGGCUUUCAGGGGUAACUUGUGAUGGUGGAUUCAGCAGUGAGAGUGUGUCUAAUUCACCAAAGAAAGGAACAGAUGGAUACAACCCUGGCUCGUCUGCAAAACUGCAUGUACCUAAGGAUUCUCAUGUGAAGUUUAGCAUUAAGUCAUUAAGGAUACCAGAGCUUUAUAUUGAGGUUCCCGAAACUGCAACUGUUGCUUCACUAAAGAGGACAGUCAUGGAGGCAGUGAUGGCUAUACUUGGAGGCGAUGCACAUGUCGGUGUUCUUCUUCAGGAGAAAAAAGUUAGAGAUGACAAUAGAACACUUGUGCAAACUGGUUUAUCUUGCAAAGAAAAUCUGGAUACACUCAGUUUCAUGUUGGAGCCUAGUUCUUUACUAGCUUCUCCAGCUGUUUGUGGUGGUGAUCCUUCUUCUCAAUGUGAAACAUCCCAGCCUACUGGGUUCCCAGAAACUCCUAUCUUAGAUUCAGGGAUUACUGAAACCUUGCAUGACUCCUCCUUGCUGACAAAUCCCACCAAUCUAAUUGAAAGUAACCAUGAGUCUACAUCUUUCCCCACUGACACUAUAGUUGACAAAUUAACACCUGAUUCCGGAGCGCUAGUUCCUGUUCCAGCCAGCACAGAAGCAUUGUCUGUGGUUCCUGUGAGUCAGAAAACUAAGCGCUCCGAGUAUGUACAGCGUCGAACCAGGAGACCAUUCUCUGUGUCUGAGGUAGAAGCACUUGUUCAGGCGGUUGAGGAACUUGGAACUGGAAGGUGGCGUGAUGUUAAGUUGCGCUCUUUUGAGAAUGCAGACCAUAGGACUUAUGUAGACUUAAAGGAUAAGUGGAAAACACUAGUGCACACUGCAAGAAUCUCCCCUCAACAAAGGAGGGGAGAGCCAGUUCCCCAGGAGCUCUUGGAUAGAGUUUUGGCUGCUCAUGCUUACUGGUCUCAGCACCAAACCAAGCAACAUAGCAAGCAUCAAGCUGGACCUGGAACCUUGAAGAUUACAGAAGCCUCAGAUGAAAGACCAUGUGUUGGUGUCCAAUCACUUGUGAAGGUGUAGAAAGGACUAAUGUUGUUGUUGACAGGAAGAGAGGAAGACAAACUUGUACAUUUUCAUUCAAUUUCAUGUAAUAUUCUUACAUCAAAUUCUUUGCCGGCCUUCAAUUGCAUGCAGGUUGGCAUUUGUAAAUCAUUUGAUGCAAUAAGAUUGUUCUAACUUGAAGUUAAGGUGUUCUUUGAUUUAUUGUCAAUUCAAUUUCAUUUAUGAAUGUAUGUAAAAAUGUCAAAAGAACAUGACAGCCUAAACAAAGUAAAAAGAAAAUA